UAAACAGCUUUUGGCAGUCACCGGGUCUAGUCAGUAGAGGAGCAUCAAGCACAGACUCGCUCGCUGCUGGAAGCAGGAUCUAUUACAUUGAAAAAAUUAGGAGAAGGCACAGUGUGACCAGACUGCUGCCUGAAAGGGAACAGCGCUGAGAGCAUUGAGGACUGUGAGCAGGGCCUUUUGAAUAAGCAGAGCUCAAGAGGAAAGCCAAGAUGUGGAAGAAGUCAAAGGUGACUGAUCAAACUGCCGCUGGGCAGGCGGGCAUCAAGAUAAAGUCGAAGGUGCCCGGUGUCAUGAUAACGCAGUUCAAGGAGGAACUUCCAGAGGGAAUGACAACUCCAGAUUUCACCCGCAAACCCAUUGCUCUGACUAUUCAAGAGGGUAAAUUUGCAGUCUUUAAGGCCAAAAUAGUGGGCACCCCAACACCUACUGUAACAUGGAGCAGAGCAAACGGAGAAAUACAUUUUCAUCCCGACGUGUGCCAGCAAAAGUAUGAUGAAGUAUCUGAAGAACAUACCAUUGAGUUUCCUAAGGUCACUCCAGAGGAUGCUGACACCUACAAGUGUUUUGCAACAAAUGAACAUGGAAAGGCAGUUUGCACUGUCGUCUUGAAUGUUAUUGAGGUUGGAUUCUCUAAGACCAAGGAACUUCAGAAGAAACAAGGAGAAGAUGUUGCGGACAUCAAAAAAAAGCUUAAAAAACGUAAUCCUGAUGGAACACGUGAGGAAAAGCCGAUGGAGUCCGAGGAAAAGGUCUGGGAAAUUCUCCUUAGUGCAGAAAAAAAAGAUUACGAGCGCAUCUGUGCUGAUUACGGUAUCACAGACUUCCGUCGCAUGCUGAAGAAACUCACUGAAAUGAAGAAAGAGAGAGAGGAGGAGAUUGCAGAGUUUGUUACACACAUCAGUACACUGAAACAUAUUGAAGUCAAUGAUGACGACUGUGCAACAUUUGAGCUGGACAUGGACCUCAAGGACCCUACCAGCAAACUUUUCCUGUACAAGAAUGGCGUCAUGGUUCCAUUCACCCAAGAAGAAAGCGAUUCGAAGAAGCAUAAUUUAAAACAAGUUGGCAAGAAAUAUAUAUUCACAAUUAAAAAUCUAGGUAAAGAAGAUGCUGGACUCUACUCAGUGGAUGUUGGGGGCGUCAAUGUAUUCUCCACUGAUUUUAAAGUGCCUGAAUGUGAUUUUGCUGUCAAAAUACAAGAGGUUAAGGCAGAAGAACGACAAGACGCCCUCUUUCAAUGUGUCUUGACUGCACCUAUGAAUGAGCUCAGAUGGUUGGGUAAAAACACUCCGCUGACAAAUGAUGAGAAACAUGAAAUCACUGUUUCUGAAGAUAAGCUCAUCCACAAGUUGCUGGUGCGGGACUGUUUGCCUUUGGACGCCGGUAUCUAUGUUGCUGUAGCAGGAAUAAAAUCCUGCAAUGCCUGGCUUGUAGUUGACGUUGACAAGGAUCCCGCCAACAAGGGCAAGAAGGCAACUCGCAAAACUACUAUGGCUGGAGGUGGAAAUGAUGAAGAUCUGCUGAAAAUAGCUAAGGAACAGCAGGAAAAAUAUCAGAAAGAAUUGGAAGAAAAACUGGAAAUGGCCAAGAAAGCUCAAGCAGAGAGAGAAGUAGCAGAAGCAGCUGCCCGAGUAGAGGCUGAAGCAGCUAAAAAGACAGCGGCUGAAGAAAAAGCUGCAGCCUUAGCUGCAGCUAAGGCUGCUGCAAAGGCAAAGAAGGAAGCGGCCGCGAAGGAUAGAGCUGCCGAUGAAGCUGCCGAUGCAGCUGCAAGGAAAAAUAAGAAAAAACAAGCUGGUGCUGCCGAUGGUAGCGGAGGCACUGGUGGUGCUGGUGGUGUUGGUGAUGCAGGUGGUGAAGAUGGAGGAGUAGAUGGAACUGGAGCUGGAGCUAAAGGCAGAGCUGGGGGUGGAGCCGGAGGUGGUGAAGGUGAAGAUGAUUCAUUUGGAGAUUCUGAUGGAGGAGAAGGAGUGGGAGAAGGAGAUGGAGGAGAGGGAGGAGAGGGAGGAGAAGGAGGUGGAAAAGGAGGGAGACGCAAAAAACGAGAUGGUCCACUUGUUCCAGAUACAGUGAUAGGAGAUAAUAGUGAUGAGGAAACCACAGAUCAACAAGGUGGAAAAUCUGGGAAAAAAGGAAAACGUCCCAAAAAGACAAAUGUGGAGGUUGAAGAAGCUGUUGUUGAAGCGAGUGGUGCCAGUGGUGGUAAUGGCACUGGGCCAGCAGCAGGCUGUGAUGAAGUUGCUGAAAACGGUGAGGGUGCAGACGGCGGCGAGCCAGCAGCAGCUGGCAAGCGUUCAGGUCGUGCACGGCAAGGCCCAUUGAUCGUGGAGACAGUUAGUGAUCCAGGAGUUCAUUUUCAUGCUGGGCUUUCUGACUGCAAAGCCAUUGUUGGAGAAGCAGCAGAGCUGGAGUGUAAAGUGAGCAGUGAAGACUGUGUGGGAAUCUGGUACAAAGAUGGAGAAGAGAUUACUUCAUCUGACGGUAUAACCAUUACGAAAGACGGAACUUUCCACAGGCUGAAAAUUCACAAAGUCACAGAGGAUUUCGCUGGAAAAUAUAAAUUUGAAGCAGAUGGACGGAAGACAGAGUCCAUGAUUGUUGUUGAAGAUCCGCCAAGAUUUUGUGCUGAGGAACUGGAAGCUUUUAAAAAACCUGUAAUAGUGAAAAAAGGACACAAAGCUACCUUCAAACUACCUUAUGUCGGACGGGAUCCAAUAAAAAUCCAGUGGUACCUUGACGGUGAAGAGCUUUCGGAUGAAUCAAACAUUAAGUUGGAACACACGGAAGGUUCCACCCGUCUGCUUCUAAGCAAGCUGCAGCGCAAGGACAGUGGUGAAGUCAAGAUAAAACUCAAAAAUGAGUUUGGCAGUAUUGAGGCCUACAGCCAGCUUGUUGUAACGGAUAAACCCACUCCUCCAAUGGGACCUCUGGAGAUUGUUGAAGCCACCGCCUCUGCAAUUGAUUUCAAGUGGAGGCCCCCAAAGGACAGCGGUGGCUGCAAGAUAGACAACUACAUCCUCGAACGACAACAAGUUGGCCGCAACACCUGGAAGAAGGUGGGGCCAAUUGGUCCGGAGGCCACAUACAGGGACACUGAUGUAGACCACGGCAGGAGGUACUGCUUUCGCAUCAGAGUGGAGACUGAAAUGGGCACCAGUGAGCUGAUGGAAACAGAGGACAUUCAAGCCGGAACAAAAGCAUACCCUGCUGCUCCAUCAGCACCAAAGGUUGUAAGUGCCUUCAAGAACUGCAUCACACUCUCUUGGACUCCUCCAUCUGACACUGGAGGAACCAAUAUUCUGGGAUACAACAUCGAGAAACGCAAGAAGGGCAGCAACCUGUGGGGGCAAGUCAAUCCACCUGAUGAGAUGAUCAAAGGUAAGGAAUAUGGAGUUAAAGAUGUGGUCGAGGGCAUGCAAUAUGAAUUCCGUGUGUCAGCAAUCAACAACUCUGGAGCGGGUGAAUCCAGCACACCAUCUGAGUUCGUGUUUGCCAGAGAUCCUAAAAAGCCUCCUGGUAAAGUCAUAGACUUUAAAGUGACAGAUUCCACCUACACAACCCUGUGCCUGGCUUGGACCAAACCCAAGGACAUUGAGAAGGUUGAGGAUGAAGCCAAAGGAUAUUUUAUUGAGAUCAGGCCCGCGGAAAACACAGAAUGGGAUCGCUGCAAUCCAAAUGCAAUAACCAUGAAUACCUAUACAGUGAAAGGCUUGAAGUCAAUGGGCAUGUACUGGGUGAGAGCCAUUGCUACUAAUGAUGGAGGAGAGGGAAAACCACAGGAGCUGGAUAAUUACAUCCUCGCUACGCCCCCUCCUGUGAGGCCACGAUUCACAGAUGCCAAAAUCAAGAGUUUCAUGGUUGUGAGAGCAGGAAAUUCUGCACGAUUCAACAUUAACUUUGAGGCCUCUCCUUGGCCUGAGGUCGUCUGGCUGAAAGAUGGCUCGCCACUGCCUAAAAAGGUAACCAUCAGCAAUGCAGAGGGAACAUCCCAGCUUCUGAUUCCUUCCGCUGAGCGCGGAGAUACUGGAAUCUACAAUAUCAUUGUCAAGAACUUUGUUGGCCAAGAAUCAUACAGCAUUGAAAUUAGAGUCACUGAUGAGCCGAAGCCACCAGGUCCAGUGGACACUGACGAAAAUGUGCCCGGCACAGUGACCGUUUCGUGGACCCCAUCUCCAGAUGAGAAACGUGACGACAGGCUGCACUACAUGGUGACUAAGCGUGAUUCAAGUAAAAGAACGUGGAUGACCGUUGCAGAUCACAUCUUCAACAAUAAAUUCACAGCCUGCAACAUAAUGCCGGGCCGAGAAUACCAGUUCAGAGUCUAUGCAAAGAAUGACAUGGGCUCCUCCAAACCGUCUGAAUCACCGAAGUGGCUGAUUUCAUGCAAAAAAGAAAAGUUCACUGUGACCGUGCCUGCAACAAAGCCCUGUGAUCUACAGUGUCCUCCCAAAUUCCUUGUCCCAUUGAAAUUGCACACUGCUCCUAAUGGGUAUGAAUGCUACAUGAGCUGUGCCAUAAAAGGGGAUCCAACACCUCAUGUGACAUGGCUCCGCAACAAUAUCAGUCUGAAUACCAACACUAACUACUUCAUCUCCAACACCUGUGGAGUCUGUUCUCUGCUCAUAUUGACGGUUGGACCUAAAGACUGCGGGGAGUACAAGAUUGUUGUAGAAAACGCUAUCGGGAGGGCAGAGUGCUCCACUAAACUGACAGUCAGAGAAUUCUGAACACACUGAAGAUGGUAGAAUUGCUCUAAAACGCUUACAGAAACCAAGUUGUUGGUAAUUCACAUACUGCAUCUUUAGAGUUUAAGCAAACCCUGUAAAACGUAGAAUGAAUGAUUAUCUAAUAUUGCCUGUGAUUAGUUAGCUAAACUCACAAUAAAGUCUUAGGCAUAGAAAUUUUGAUGAAAUAAAAGCCACAAACAUGUUUUGUUUGUUUCGAUUUAAAUUGUGCAAUCUCAAUAAAAUUGAAGCUUGAAAUACGAGUGUACAAUCUGGCAUAUUUUAAAUGUGGUAAUAUGCAUGUCAAACAGCAGAAGUACAGGACACUAUGUUGCAGUUAUUUACUGAUUUUAAAAGUGUCAUUUUAAGGUGUUUGUCUAAAGCUUAUAGAACUAUCUGCUUGAGCCUUUAAAUUAUUUUUUAGAUGUAUAGUGAAUGUUUGGUUCCAAUUACUUUUCCAUAAUUGUGGAUUUACAGUCUUCCCCUAAACUGAAACUGAGAUGACAAAAAAUAUGGACAUGACAAAUGCGUAUGAUACUGACAAUAAUAGUCUGUUAUACAUAUAAAACAAUGUGUGGGGUUUAGUGUAAAUAAAUAUUUCAUACUGCUAUUGUGACGUGGAAUUUUGAAUCUGACCUGCAUGUCACUUUGAAAAACAGUUAACACUUAAAAGAAAAUGCAUUUUUAUGUAAAAAUGUUUUUUAAAUUUGUUUACAAAAAAGUAUAUGUAUGAUGAUAGACUUGAGCAUAUAUUGUGGCCAUGGGUCAGACCUUGGCCACAGCAAAUACCAGUUGUUCACCCCUAUAAAGGUUUAUGUGAAUAAUUUAUGCCCAGUCUUCUAAUAUUACCUCUCAGAGCACAUUUUGUGUCAGGGCAGACAUAAGUCCAAGUUUAGCACUGAAGAAGAGAGGGUCAACAGUUGCACCCUGUGCUAAAACAUGUUUGACCAGUGCAUCAUGACACCUCUCAGUUUCAAAGUGAAGUGUUUAUUACAAUGUUAAAAUAUAUGCUACUGUGUAUUUCUGUUCUAUUUCAGUCUAACAAGACAUUAAACAAUAAGUGUGGCUCAUUA